AAUGAUAAGCCUUCGGUGAAAUAAUUGCGGAGGAAAACAAAUGCCCAAACAGGAAGAAAGCUGGGCAAAUGCGGCACAGGUCAACAUCCAAUCCUUCCACCACAACACGGGAUCACCGAAGAGCGUCUCUCACUCUCUCUACUCACUUAGAGUAUUCUACCUUGAAGUUCCUCAGUUUACCCGCAGUGGCCAUUGUAGAAGGUGUGUCUUGUGCUCCCCAAUCUCGUCACGGCUUUCGCACCUGCUACAAACUUUCUUGUUUAUGGACUUGGGAACUACAGGUGAUCACGGCUGGGUUGUUUUCGUGCUGCCAAGACGUUACGGCCUGUGACGCCCGGCGAACAACGUACCAGCAACACGUGACUGAAGAUGACAUGACACAGGUGUUAGUGUUUUGGGACCCGAGUGGACAUCUCGAGUCAAGAUCCGAGAGGUUUUGAUGACCGUCUUUUCCGAAGUUUAUGUGCGUCGGGUUUCUAGACCUAGCCAUUGAUUAACCUUCAGAAAGGAUAAUAAGAAAGUGUUGUUAUAGUGUGUCGUACUGUAGAUUUGGACCUUGCAAGAAACUAGGCCUAAACUGGAGUUUGCAACUUAAAGGAUAAUAAAAAAAUAAAAACUAAAAAAAGAAGGUAUCCUACUGACGAAGGGGACACGUACCCCCUGACCGUGCAGGAUUUUAAAAGGAUUUGUGAGAUAUCACCUUUUCUUCCACUUGCUGGGGAGCAGCUGGCAACACCGAGUGCCACUCGCAAGUGCCCUCGGGGCAUCCCCACGUCCCCUGGGGGCAGGCUUCCUUGCCUCCUAACAAGAGGCAGAAAAAGAAGAAGAAGAAGAAGAAGAAGAAGAAGAAAUAGUCGUAAGCUGCCACAGCCGACGUAACCUGAGAUCGGUGUACGGAACGACAGAUAUUGCCCUGAAAUCACUGAUUGAAGGAGGUCACAGGACAUCGCGUCGAAUCUUCCCGAUAUUCAGAAGUGAAUCAUCGUCCUUGGGUCCAGUUAUACGAUUGAAGUAACCAUCCAUCUGUAAUCAUCCACACCGCUUACGGCUGCCUCACAUCUCUCCAAUCGCCUAGAGACUGUUGCAUCACCUUCGAUAAAAAUCACAGAAUACAAAACGUAGCAGAGAUGGUGCAGCAUCCAUGAAAAAAAAUCAUCUGGACUAUGAUUGCAUCAUAAAAAAUCAUAAAAAAUCAAUUGCCUGAACACCGGUGCUGCUGGAAUACAGUAGGGCGCCAUGCCCAGAUAGCACAGGGUAUUACUUUGUGACAUAUAACAGAGCAUACGGUGAAGAUCGUUAUAAGGACUGAAAAUGGCGGAGCUAGAGAGGCAAGUAGGGAUUUGGGCUGUGUUGUACGUGGUGCUCAGUAUCACCUUCGCCCACCUGGAUGCGCCGCCUGGUAGAUUGUCCCUGCCGGAGGACGCCGACCAGGGAUCCUUCAGAUACGUCAGUUAUAAUGAACUUCUGGACACCACAGACAAAUUCAGCCUGAGCGGUGUCAAGAGUUACAGCGAGCUGUUGUUCGAUCCCACCAAUUACCAAAUCGUCGUUGGAGCAAGGGACCGCAUCUUCCGCCUGAGCCUGGUCGGCCUCCAACUCCUGGAGGCAUCUGACUGGUCCUCCAACAAGUCCACGGUUGAGACCUGCACGCUGAAGGGACAGAGCCAAGAGGCCUGCCACAACUUCGUCAAGGUGCUGCAUCGUCACGACAGCCGCAUCCUCGUCUGCGGGACGAACUCUUUCAGUCCCCUGUGCACCUGGAGGAGGUUAUCCAAUGUCAACGUCAUCGAUUCCUGGGAAAAGGGAGUCGCUCGUUGCCCCUUUGAUCCUGAUCAUAGUGUGACGUCACUGCUGACACUGGAAGGGAAUCUGUAUGUCGGGACAACUACUGAUUUCUCAGGUCGUGACCCAGCCUUCAUGAGGUCACUGGGUCCUGGAGGACGCCUCAGGACGCCCCAGUCUGACCUCAAGUGGCUCUCAGAACCCACUUUCAUCACGUCCUUUGAAUCUUCAGGAUUCGUGUACACAAUAUUCCGGGAAAAUGCCGUUGAAAAUCUCAAUUGCGGAAAGCACAUCCACUCAAGAAUUGGCAGAGUGUGCAAGAAUGAUGUUGGAGGAACCUUAGUCCUGAAAGAAAACUGGACCACGUUUCUGAAGGCCCGCCUUAUAUGCUCCUCGCCUGGGGACUUUCCAUUUUUCUAUGAUCAUGUACAGAGUAUUGCCUACCUUCCCCAGGAACAAAUGCUGUAUGGUGUAUUCUUAACAGCCGAGAACGGCAUCAUCGGGUCUGCUGUCUGCGCUUUCAACAUGAGUGCCGUUAACACCUCCUUUUAUGGGCCUUUCAAGUACCAACCGUCCCCUUCUUCCAUUUGGGGACCUGUCACUGCAGACAACACACACUUCCAGUGCCAGGACUCAGGCCUGGCCAGCAGGGAAUCUGAUCUAGCUGCCAAUAAAUUCCAGUUGAUGGACAAACCUGUUCUACCUCAGAGUCCAGCUCCCUUGUACCUCCUGAAUUCUGAGAGACUGACUCAUGUCAUCGUCGAUGUUGUGGUAACACGACAGAGCGGGAGCGUUCAUGUGGUGUUUGUAGCUGGCGCUGGAGGAGUGAUAAGGAAGAUGAGUCUGGUUCCUGAGAGCCAGAACAGUUGUCUCUUGGAGGUGCUGUCGCCGUUCCCCAGCAACUCGUCUGUCACUAUUCAUACCCUUAAACUCCUCAAAGACACGAGCUCACUAUAUGUUGGAACCAACAAUGAAGUGGUGCGAAUACCAGUGCAUCGUUGUGGACAAUAUAAAAGUCAGCACUCGUGCUUGGCUGCGAAGGAUCCAUAUUGUGGCUGGGAUACCAACCGCCUCGAGUGUUCUCCUCCACCUGGGAAGAAUCCUUUUGUGUCCUCGUGGAUCCAAGAAGUCAUAGAAUGCCCAAAAGCCUCUGAUCCAGUUGAUGGUGGCUGGAGCCACUGGUCACCAUGGUCAACAUGCAAGCAAGAAGGCAGCACGGAUUCAUGUUUAUGCCGGCACCGUGUAUGCGACUCUCCAAAACCAGCUCGUGGAGGUUCUGACUGCAUUGGUUCAAGCACUGAGGUUAGUAACUGCACCGUACAUGGCGGCUGGACUGCCUGGUCCUCCUGGUCACAGUGCUCAGCUACUUGUGGCAUCGCUGUGAAGACUCGUAGACGAACCUGUUCUAACCCAGAACCCCGUCAUGGUGGACGUGUGUGUGUCGGACAAGAACGCACUGAAAUUUACUGCCACUCACUUGCUCACUGCCCAUCCUAUUCAGCAUUACCUGUUGAUGGAGGAUGGAGCGAAUGGGGUUCCUGGGGGAGGUGUUCUGCUACCUGCGGUACUGGCAUUAGGCGUAGACAUCGCACAUGCACCAGACCUGUCCCGAAGAAUGGAGGUGCCCCGUGUUCAGGAUGUGAGGAGGACGUCGAAACGUGUGGCACCUGGCCUUGUCCCGAAGCUCGCCAGCUGUCUUCCUGGACUCCAUGGCUGGGAGUGAACACUUCUGGAGGAUCGCAAGUCCAGAGACGUUACAGAAUGGAAUGUAUAGCAACAGGAGAUAAGGAUAAUCCAGUUCGCACUGGAAACAUGCAGCAGGAAGACAGAUUUUGCUCAAGUGAAGGUCACUGUUAUGGUUCACACUCCACUGACGCUGAAGACAGUGGAGGAUGGUCUGAAUGGAGUGACUGGACCAAAUGUGAUAAACCUUGCGGAGGAGGUCACCAGUAUCGGCAUCGCUCUUGCGUGGAUGGUUCGUGUACUGGUAACUCUCUGCGAGAAAGGGCCUGCAAUGAAAAUGCCUGUAGAGGGCUGUGGGCCUGUUGGAGUGAAUGGAGUUCUUGUUCAUCCUCUUGUGGCUCUGGAAUGCAGUCUCGGACCCGUCGAUGUGUGUCAGCUCAUAAUCCUUUUGUUGAUGCAGAGGACUGCACAGGCUCUUACACAAUGCAGCAACAGUGCCAUGAGGGAGCAUGUCCAGGAGAAGAAGGAUGGGGUCCUUGGUCCGAAUGGUCAGCGUGUACAGCUGGCGAAGAGCGGAUGAGGGAACGUCACUGUAUGUCCAGCCAACCAAGUCAGUGUCGAGGACUUGAUCUGCAGAGACAGUCUUGUGAUGCUGAAGAGGGAGACAUCACAGCUAUUGAGGCAGCUGUCAUGAACGCCGGCCAUGGAGGUGAAGGCGGUGUAUCGGUGCAAGCUCUAGUAGGCUCCUGUUUGGCUUGUUUGAUAGGAGGCGCCCUGUUGGGCGCUCUUGGUACGUUCCACGUUUUUGUCAGACGUCGCCACAGGAGGGUACCAUCUUCUCCCCACUACAUAUCAGCAAAGCCCAACCAUUACGUUAGCGUACCGGGAGCUGAUUGGAAAGCUGGCCAGUCUCCAAGCAGCACAAUAAGAAAUGGGAGCAUCAAAAGCACUUUGAAGUCUGCUAUCACCACUUUACCCUUAAAGGACUUCGAUACUGCCACCAUCAAGAGGUCUAGUCAUGGGUCAUACGGCAAUGGACACCUUAGAGCUGACCUAGACUCCGACACCAUCUUUAAUUUUUAGCAUUGAUUGACCUGCCCAGUCUUUCACAGUCAAUUCUGGUGCUAAGGGCCUCUAAAGACAGGCCUCGUCUUUCUCCUACUGGUGUUCAUACUUAAUGAAAUGUGAUAAAUGUAAAUAGUUUUUAUACAAGUGUUGAAACUAACCACAAAUCAAUAUGGCAGUUACUAAUAUGUUACGUGCUAUGGAUGUGUUCGUAUAAUGUCGCAAGAUAUUGAUGUGUUGGGAAAGGAAGUCAAUCAUAUGAUGAAACUUUCAUAUUUAUUACAAGAAACAGCGUGGACUGUUUUGAUUAUGACUUAAAAGUGAUAUCAUAUGAAACAAGAAAACAUUGAUUAUAAAUUUCACUGCGUGUGUGCGACUUGAAACACAUCAUUAUGUUCUUUAUGAUCUGAAAGACUUCAGUGAAAAUGGUUGAAAGACAAGAAGUGCAGUGUGAAAAAACAUUUAGAGAAAUGAAAGUAAGACUAGUCUUAGAUAUGUGGGAAGCACACUGUACUACGGGAAAACUAGAGUGAACUGUUUCCUUUUGAACAGGAAAGAACUGAACUGAAUUCACUCGUGGAAUUUUUUAGCAUCACUGUUAAAACCUGACAAUUGUCUGUGAUCAUUUUAUAGUAAAUUAAACGAAUAAUUCUAAAUCGAAAGACAGAAAGGUGCCAGAAUGUUUCAGUGAAAUUUAGGAACAAAUAGCAAUACUGCUUCCAGUUCUAGUCAUUGCUGACAUGAAUAUAUAUAAUGACAUGGAAUUUUUUUAUAACCCCUGCUGUAUACAUUUCUUGAAGGUAAUUUUAAGGGUUUUUUAUUUGUAUGUGCCAUAUUGUUUACAGAAAAACUAUUAUACUUUUUUAUAUUUUGAAUUUUCAUAAAAUUGAAAUGAUU